UGGGGCAAAUUUACAGGCUGUUUACCUGAGAACAGUUUGACCCGCCCAGCUUCAGUCCCGAACUUGACCUGGUUAAGCCCCUCCCUGUUCAUAAGAUGCUCAGGUGUUGGCGAAUGGGGUGAGAGCUCACCUGUCCUUAUAGCUGUCCCGUGGUCUGCUUUCCCACAGCUUCCUCUGAUCAGUGCUGGAGACUGACAGCUACAUCUUGGGCAAAUAACUGAGGUUUUCAGUAGGAUCUAAUAGGAAGUCAAGAUGCCCACCAGUUUCUGUGGAACAUGGGACAUGGUCAGCAAUGUCAACUUUGAGGGCUACAUGAUGGCACUGGGUAUUAGUGCGUAUCUCAGAAAGAUUGCUCUGAAGCUGAAGCUGAAGAAGGUGAUUGAGCAACAAGGAGAUCAGUACAUCAUCAAAACUCUCAGCACCUUGAGAAACUACAUUAUUGUCUUCAGAGUGGGAGAGGAGUUUGCAGAAUUUACCCAGGGACUUGACAACAGACAUGUAAAGGUGUGA